AGUCUGCAGCUGCAUACUGUAUCCAAGUCGGGGAGUAAUGCCAUGAGUACUGCUUUACACUGUUUAGACAAGCUUUUCAGAGCGUGCGUAGGAAACUAUUAUUCGACUGUUUCUGCUGUCAAGUAAGCCACAAUUUUAAGCCCGAAGGCUCAGAGAGGACAGGAAAAGGACACUCGGACAAAAAGCAAACUUACUUAAAAGCAACAAAAGUCCCCAAAGUCGCACGCUCAAGAGGCGUCAAACGCAAACGAUCCAUCCUUUCUGGCUGCUUCAGGGAAGGAUACGCUGCUGGACAUGUGAAUUUAAAGGGGAUACUUGCUAAGCACAACAAUGAAACCAACGACUGCCCAGUGUUGCUUCGGCUUUCUUCUGACUUGCCUCUUGUUUGGGUUCAGCUUUUCACAAUCAGUAUGUGCUGGAACAGAGAACAAGCUGAGCACGCUGUCGGACCUGGAGCAGCAGUAUCGCACUCUGAGGAAAUACUAUGAGAGCUGUGAAGUUGUAAUGGGCAACCUCGAGAUCACAAGCAUUGACCGCAGUCGUGACCUCACCUUCCUCAGAUCUAUCAGGGAAGUGACAGGCUAUGUGUUGGUGGCUCUGAACCAGUUUGACUACCUGCCAUUAGAGAACUUGAGAAUCAUCCGAGGAACCAAGCUAUACGAGGACCGCUACUCCCUUGCAAUCUUCCUCAAUUACAGACGUGAUGGAAACUUUGGCCUGCGCCAGUUGGGUCUAAAAAAUCUCACAGAGAUCCUAAAUGGAGGUGUUUAUGUUGACCAAAACAAGUUCUUGUGCCAUGCGGACACAAUCCAUUGGCAAGAUAUCGUCAAGUACCCACGGAUCCAACCUGUGGUGGUGCCCACCAACAGCAGUGUCACAUGUCAAAAAUGCCACCGUUCCUGCAAUGGUCGUUGCUGGGGACCCAAAGAGGACCAGUGCCAAAGCUUAACUAAGACAGUGUGUGCGGAGCAGUGUGACGGCCGUUGCUUUGGUCCCUUUGUUAGUGACUGCUGCCACCGUGAGUGUGCAGGUGGCUGUUAUGGCCCAAAGGACACAGACUGCUUUGCCUGCACCAACUUUAAUGACAGUGGGGCAUGUGUGACCCAGUGCCCUCAGCCAUUUGUCUACAACCCUACCACCUUCCAGCUGGAGCAUAACCCUAGGGCAAAGUACACCUAUGGAGCUUUCUGCGUCAAGAAGUGUCCACAUAACUUUGUGGUAGACCACAGCUCCUGUGUGAGAGCAUGCCCCAGUAACAAGAUGGAGGUGGAGGAGAAUCGCAUUAAGAUGUGCAUCCCUUGUACUGACAUCUGUCCAAAAGCAUGUGACGGGAUAGGCACAGCAAGCCUACAGACUGCUCAGACAGUGGACUCCAACAACAUUGACAAGUUUGUCAACUGCACCAAAAUCAAUGGCAACCUGGUGUUCCUCAUUACUGGAAUCAAAGGGGAUGUCUAUCACAACAUUGAAGCUUUGGACCCGGAAAAACUCAAUGUAUUCCGCACCGUUCGGGAAAUUACAGGUUUUCUAAACAUUCAGUCAUGGCCUGACAACAUGACAGACUUGAGUGUUUUCUCCAACCUGGCUACUAUUGGGGGAAGAGCAUUGUACAGUGGGAUCUCUCUGCUGGUGUUGAAACAGCCGGGGAUCACAUCACUUCAGCUUCAGUCUCUGAGAGAGAUCAGUGCUGGGAAUGUCCACAUUGCAGAGAACAGCCAGCUUUGCUACUACAACACCGUCAAUUGGACAAGACUGUUCCGUACUACAAACCAAAAGGUUCUUAUUCGCAACAACCGAAGUCCACAGGAAUGCUCAGCCAAGGAGCACAUGGUGUGUGACCCACUGUGUUCAGAUGCUGGAUGUUGGGGUCCUGGCCCAGACCAAUGCCUGUCCUGCCGAUAUUUCAGUCGUGGACGAACGUGUGUAGAAUCCUGCAAUCUCUAUGAGGGGGAUAUUCGAGAAUAUGCCAAUGGGUCAGUGUGCGUAGAGUGUGAUGCCCAGUGUGAAAGAGCUGACGGUGACUCUUUGACCUGUCUUGGGCCGGGCCCAGAGCAUUGUGUGAAAUGCCUUCAUUUCAAAGACGGUCCAAACUGUGUGGAAAAGUGUCCCGAUGGCCUGCAAGGUGCCAACAGCUUCAUCUUCAAGUACGCUGAAGCCAACAACGAAUGCCAUCCCUGCCAUGCUAACUGCACCCAAGGGUGCAUUGGACCGAGACUUCAAGACUGCAUUGGCUGGAUGGACAGAACCCCUCUGAUUGCAGCAGGGGUAAUCGGAGGCCUCUUCAUGGUGGUGAUCAUGGUACUCAGUGUAGCAGUGUCUGUGCGACGGAAGAACAUUAAGAAAAAGAGGGCCCUUCGCCGCUUCCUGGAGACAGAGUUGGUUGAACCUUUAACACCCAGUGGAACGGCACCCAAUCAAGCCCAGCUUCGCAUCCUGAAAGAAACAGAACUUAAAAGAGUCAAGAUCCUCGGCUCCGGAGCUUUUGGAACUGUUUACAAGGGUAUCUGGGUCCCAGAAGGGGAAACUGUGAAAAUCCCUGUUGCCAUUAAAAUCCUAAAUGAGGCCACAGGACCCAAGGCUAAUGUGGAAUUCAUGGAUGAGGCUCUGAUCAUGGCUAGCAUGGAGCACCCGCACCUGGUCCGACUGCUGGGUGUCUGCUUGAGUCCGACAAUCCAGCUGGUCACACAGCUGAUGCCUCACGGAUGCCUGCUCGACUACGUCCAUGAGCACAAAGACAACAUUGGAUCACAGCUAUUGCUCAAUUGGUGUGUCCAGAUAGCCAAGGGAAUGAUGUAUCUAGAGGAGCGGAGGCUUGUCCACAGGGAUUUGGCAGCCCGAAAUGUUCUGGUCAAAUCUCCCAACCACAUCAAGAUCACUGACUUUGGCCUGGCUCGUCUGUUGGAUGUCAAUGAAAAAGAAUAUAAUGCUGAUGGAGGAAAGAUGCCCAUCAAAUGGAUGGCCCUUGAGUGUAUUCAUUACAGGAAGUUUACCCAUCAGAGUGACGUUUGGAGUUACGGUGUAACCAUUUGGGAGCUGAUGACCUUUGGAGGGAAGCCAUAUGAUGGGAUUUCUACCAGAGAUAUCCCAGAUCUGUUAGAGAAGGGAGAGCGUCUGCCUCAGCCACCCAUCUGCACCAUUGACGUUUACAUGGUCAUGGUCAAAUGCUGGAUGAUUGAUGCAGACAGUCGACCCAAGUUCAAGGAGCUGGCUGCUGAGUUCACUCGAAUGGCUCGAGAUCCCCAAAGAUAUCUGGUCAUCCAGGGUGAUGAUCGCAUGAAGCUGCCCAGCCCCAGUGACAGCAAGUUCUUCCAGAGCCUCUUAGAUGAGGAGGAACUAGAUGACCUGAUGGAUGCUGAGGAGUACUUGGUGCCCCACUCCUUCAACAUUCCCCCACUGGCAUACACUCCACGCACAAGGAUGGACUCCAACAAGAACCAAUUUGGCUGUCAGGAUCCCAGUUUCAGCAUGGAGGAUAUGCUGGCCGCCAUGCCGAGAGUGAUCUCUGGUCCCCCUGUUUCUGGAAGCUGCCUCGCUCCACAGGAACUUGCCUCAGGAGGAAAAAUUGUUGGUGGAUUUGGCCGUGGUAGCCAGGAUGACCCCCGCUGCAAUGGCACUCUGAGAAAACAAGCAUCCCCAAGGUCAAGCACCCUUGAGGCUGGCUCAACUCUCACCACAGUGCAAGGCGGAGGUGAGGACAGUAAUGGACAGCGUUACAGCGCCGAUCCCACCGGUCUUUUAGCAGAGCGAGGAGCAAAAGGCGAUCCCAUGAGAGACAAGAGCAAUUCAGAUUAUCUCAUCCCUGUAGAGGAAAACCCCUUUGUCACACGGCGUAGGAAUGGAGAUGCCCACACAGUGAUUGAUGGAGCUAGCUGCCACACUCUGCAUUUGGCUGGAGCCACUGCUGCCCCCAAAAGUCAAUCCACUCAUGGUGAUGAUGAGUAUGUCAACGAGCCACUGUACCUGAAUACCCUCCUCAACGCUGGGGCCAAGAAUGGAUUGGCUGGCACAGUCUCCAUCUCUGGCUCUGGAUCCUCUGUUGCACAAUCAGUACUGCAGACAGUCAACCCACCAACAUCAAGCCACACCAUCUCCUCCACUGGAUAUGUGGUACCCCCUGGCCACCUCCCCCACCCAUCGUAUCCAUCACACACCCUGCAUCCGGGGCAUUCAGGACACGCUCUGCACUCAGGCAUUACCAGCAGCACCAUCAUGUUUGAUAAGAAAGGCAAGAAAGCCACUUUUGACAAUCCUGAAUACUGGCAGCACAGUCUCCCUCCCAAGUCCUCACUGCACAACCCUGAGUACCUGCAGGACUGCAGCACACGCUUCUUCUACCGCCAGAAUGGACGCAUUCGCCCUGCUGUGGCUGAAAACCAGGAAUACUUGUCAGAGGCUGCUAUGAAAACAGGCAAUGUAUUGCCACCCCCUCCAUACAGACAGAGGAACACUGUGGUGUAGUGACCCACCUGUAGCACAUUAGCAAUGAAUAGAGGGGUAUGGGUGGGGAUGAAUGGACAGUAAACAGUCCUCACUUUUCCAUGCUGUUCUUCUCAAACUGGGUUCUUCUUUCACCUUUCCUUAACACUUCUCUUUGUCAUGUCUGCUAAUCUUGUAUUCUCACUCACUGGUUUUGCAUUUAUAUGACAAAACUAUAAUAACAUUCACUAACGGCCUCUUUUGUUACUUUGUCCUUGGCCCCCAAAGCAAACACAGACAUCUCUUUGUGGUGUAUUCUGUCCUGGAAAAGAAAAAGUCCUGUUUUUUAGAAUCAAAAUUGCACAUAAAUAAUAUUAACACAAUCAAAGAUGAAAAGAGGAGGAAAAAAUAAACUGUGGUUAGCCCCACCACGAUUAUUUCCAUGACCUUACAUGUCUUUCUUUAUACACCCUUAAACCACUGUUCACUGUCCUUUUGGCACAUUUUCCAUCCAGCUAGAUGCACACAUUGUACUAUUCACAAACUGCUAUUGCUUGGGUGCAGUCAAUCAAAUGUCCAUGCACAUAGAGUUGUGUCAUGACUUACCAGCAAACCUGCAGUCAUGCUGAAGAGCCCAGAUGUGGCCUGCAUGCCUGCCCUCAUGCUGCUUUGACUUUUACGUUUCACUGCAUCAGUAAUGAAAUUCAGACAUUUAUCACACACAUAUUUCAAAUCAUACCUGAAACAUGUUAACAUGCCUGUAGGCUUGACACACCUAUACACACCUAUACACCUACAAUAACCACACAUUAUUUCAUAUGUGUGUGUAUAUAUAUAUAUAUAUAUAUGUAUAUGUAUAUGUAUAUGUACACACACACAUACAUACACACACCAACAGAUAAGUCUGCCGCCACUUGAAAUAUGUUCUGAAGGAGAAGCAACAUUGACCUUGUACUUGAAAAAGACUAUGUCGAUAAUGGCAGCCAGAGUUACAGCACAAAAACGGGCCAACAGGACAGUACAUAUCACCACAGCUGUGAUAUCACCUCGUACCUGAUCGAGCAGCAUUUGACACAUUGUUGCCACGGCAAGUUUGGAUUAAAAGGUUGACUGCUCACAAGAUGACCCUUUAAAUUCCACUGUAAUUUUCCAUGCUGUUCCUCAUCUUUACCAAUCUAGUCCGAGUAGCCAACAAGUCGCACAGUUCAAUGUUACCUUCAUGAGAUCAUGUGACUGACUAAAACAUUGGUAACUGCAGUAGAAGAGAUUUUAUUUCAGUGGAACCGGUGCUUAAGAAUGGACAAAUCUUUUAAGAGGUACAACAACAUGUUUCUGGAGAAACACAAACUGAGGGGGAAAGAUGGUAUUUUAAAAUCGUUAUCAGAGUAUAGCGGGGGUAUUUUUUUGUUUGUCUGUCUUUGUUUGUUAAUCCAUCAGGGACCUGUUUAUUUCCUCAAUUUGUCUGACAAUGUACUGUAUUUGAUCAAUAAAGGGAUGGGGUAAACAGCACAGUAAUGCAGCCAUGAAAGAACGUUGUGGAGAUGACAGAAAAAGGCUAACUCUCCAUGGCUGGAAAUAAGCCAAUUACAUGUCAUCGCCAGACAGACACAAGCAACGAAAAAGGAAAAGAACACCUAUAAGAAUUUUUAUUUUUUUUACCACUCUGUGUUAAUACUGUUGUAUGUCAUAAAAACAGAGAAGACUAAAAAAGUCACUUUUACUCUUAGGUAUAAGGUAGCUAAAGAAAGGGUCAGCUACAUUAUUACCUUGUAACAAGUUAAAAAAAAAAGGGACAUUUUCUGUCUUGGUGUUUGACAUUGUGAGUUAUCACUAAAUCUACUGAUGGCUAGCUUGCUGUACUCAUACAGUACUGCCAGAUGCCACAUUAAAUUAUGAUGGAGAGUGCUAGCAUCUGUCGUCAAAUGACUUUGAAGCCUAAUUUAGGUCGGGGCUGAUAAUUUAUUAGCACUUAACACUCUGGCACAGCCAAAUUGCGUUGGUGUUAUCCUCACUAUAAGCAACAAUUCGGGCAUUUUUCUCCAUCACACUCCACGUUUUUACAGUGAGACAACAGCUGAGUUUUUUGGGUUAUUUUGCUUUUUUUUUUUUUUGCAUUUAACUAACAACGAAGCAUUCUGUAAAGAAUAUCAUUUUGGGCUGACAGUGACAUCAACACCAGGGGGAAAGAAGCUAUAAACAUAAACACAGUAGCAAUAUUUAAUUUGAAGGAUUCUUCAUCGCUUUUGAUUAUUUAUUUAUUUACUACAUUCAAGAGAUUAAAGGGAUUUUCUAGUGUUUAGAUCUUGUACUUAUAAUGUUCUGGGAUUAAAGUGAUUAAUAAGAGGAGGUGUAAAAAAAUUACCAUCAAAUAUCUUCAAUUUUAGUUUUGAGUAAGGGUCACAAAUGUCAGCUACAUCACCUGCUUCAUAAAACACUUCUUAUAUUCCUUCUUCCUAAAUGUUUAUUUCCUGCCAAACAUUUUUGUUUAAUAUUACCUUGGCAUCAGUGAUGAGAUCACCAGGGAUACUUUUCUCAGCUUUUUUUUUUCAGAUGCCGAGUGGUAAGCAGUAAUUAGCUUGAGCAUCAUAAAUAAAACUGUUGACCUAGCCUUUAAACUCAGAAAGAUAUGAUUAGCUUGACUUAAUUUCAAUAACAUUUACAAUAUCACAGCAUAUAUAUAUGUGUGAUAUUAAAGAGGGCCGAAGUUGCCUAACCCCUGUGCAUGUAUCAGUGCUGAAACAAUACACAAGCACAGUUACACAACGUUGUGCCUCUAUAUUACAGAUUCAGAUGAGCAGUGCUGAUGAUUUUCUGUUCAAAACGCAGAUGUUGCUCUGGCAAAGCAUUUCUCCACCUCUCAGGUUUUAUGGAAAUAAUAAUCAUCCAGUUGAGUUCCAGCUGAGGCACAAAUUUUUAAAUCAAAAAGGGACAUCAGGCCUAUUGAAAUGUAAUCAUAAUGGAAGACAGAUUAGUCCCACAAUACCACAAUAAGAGCACUUAUAAUAAAUGCAUCUCAACAGAAAUGUGAAUUUUAUAGUGAAUUUUAUCGUGUUAAGUAUCACUUUGGCCUUUGUUCUGUUAGAAAUCUGAUCUACUGUCUUACACUUCUGAAAUCACAAGUAUUCUGAUUUACUAUCAUUUGAAUAUACUCUUAUGUAUACAUUAUUUGUCCUAAUUUAUGGAGCAAAAUUGCCCCCUCUAUAUUUUUUACAGAUUAAUGUCAGUUAUGUAAGUCAAUUUUUACCAUUACCCAUAAAAAAGCAGUAGUGCUUGUGGACUACUAUAUGGCUGUGUGUCUAAGUGCAGCGGCAGCAGUUGAGAGUCACUGUAAGGCUUUGAAAUGGCUCUCUGUGGGAAAAUACAGCCAAUCUUGUGGACGAGAAAACCUACUGGUGCUCUCAGCCAGCAACCAUCACAAGGGGCUUUUAGCUUUUUGAAUGCUAAUUCAUCCACUUUCCCUUGUUGUUCUGUGGGGAAAUCAUGUUACCCAACAUCUCACCCAGUGCACCAGCUGAGAAACCCUGAACGACAGGCAAUAGGUUGUAAUCCUGCAGCGAGGUUAAAACUUAGGUAUUAGCAUUCAAGAAAUGUUACCCAGUCAAUGCAUCAAUGUUAUAAAAGCUACAAGGGUGGAAGAUGCAAGAGCACUGAAACUGGCAGAGAGGACCAGAGUUAAUUGCCAUUCUUUUUUUCUUUUUUCCUCCUCUGUGGUAACUAUAGAAUUCUUUGUAGCAAACACUGUUGUGCGGCUGAAGCAGUGAAAAAUGAAAAGCAGUUAUUAUUGAGUGAACAUAACCAGAGGAGUCCGGAGAGAAAAAGUGAUCAUGAAAAAUGUUAACAUGAAUCACAGCACAAUGUGAACGAUACAGCAGUCUGUAAUGUUCUGCGUGAAAGCUUCAUAAGCAUAAAGUAGUAAAGGAGCACAAUAACUCCCUCUCAGUGCUGACUGCUAAUUCAGUAAAUGAGCCUUUUUGGUAAAAUUUGUAUUUAUAUUUUAUAUUUUUGAUGAGUAUUAAAAAUGUAAUUGUGUUUUAAGUUGAGUAUACAUUUUGUUUUACUAUAGCUUUUGUUCUUCAGGGUCUCAGUGUGAUUUUUUUUUCUUUUUAAUAAGUAGCUUCAUCGUCUUAUGCCUGUCAUGUUGUCUAAUACAGUCACAGUAGGGAAAACAGUGGUUGCAGACUGCAGUUUAUUGCAGUCGUGUGUAAUGAAUUUGUAGAUGCGUGGCUGCUUCGAAGACAGGGACCAUGUCUGAGACCACCUGAGUCUUCAAAGCAUCUCUGGUGCAUCAAGAAAGAGAAUAAACAGCAAUAAGACAGAGACAGUUUGGGAGUAAACUGGGUCAGCCUGGCAACUAUAUACAAUGUGUUAUAAUAUGGUAACUGUGAAAAUCGCAAAUCUGUUCGCAUAUACAACAGAAAUUCAUUUGAAGUGCUUACUUUCAGAGUUCAGUCAGAGCCUUACUGAUCUGAAAUGGAAAUUCAGAAAUUCCUCUGAAUUCUGAAUUCCUCUUACAACCAUUGGGCAACCAGUUGUUUUGAGUCCCCUAUAACAAUGAGACCUAAUUAAGAUAAUAUGCACCCAUCGAUGCAGACUGACUGAUUGAUUGCAACAUAGUAACAAUCUUUCUGCAUUUUUAAAUUACCAGUUAUUUCCAAACCUUCACCAAUAGAGGUAAUUAUGGUUAGUCUAAGGGGCAAUGUCACUGUUCGGACACGCAUCGUCUCUCACCAGGUGACAUUGCAAAUGCCUCGCAGUUGAGAGUGGUCACCGCAACUAUUUGCAAUCAGUCGUCGACUACAAAAAAAUUCAUGCAACUUACAAGGAGUUGUUUUAAGAGUUUAAGGAGUUGUAAGAUUAUUUUCUUUUACUUCAGCCCAUGAUCAACAGCUGGCAGGUUUGACCAGGUUUAACCAGCCAAGGCUAUAUAUCCAAAAAAGGCUUUGCUACUAACCCCAUGUGAUUAAAAUGUGUGUAUUGUCAACAUGAAAAAAAGAUAGUUUACCAUCUACCUUAGAUUAUUUACACACCGUUAUAGUUUUUUUUUGUUGGUGUUAAUAUUUAGGGUAACAUUAUGUAAUUAAUGUGAAAACGUUAUGCGUUAGAAACUGAGUGGUGCACAUGUAACUGAGAGUGGGGUAUUGAAGGCCCCAAAUAAUAGACCAGUUAGUUAUAUUAAGAUCCAUCCAGCCUAGUAAUGGGGACUAUGGAAGGAUAGCAUAUCUGUAGUAUUUGCUUUCUUUUUCAUACCAUUAGAAUAUUUUUACAGUACAAGGAAAUUCAGUACACCAAUGGUCUGAGUGGUCUGGUUUCAUUACAUUUUAGAUAUCACAGUUUUUGUUCAGUACAUAAGAAAAAAAAAAAUACAAUUUUUUAAAGGCAAACAAUGCAGCUGACAAACAUAAUCUAUCAUUAUAACAGACAUUGCUAUUUUACACUGAUUCAUAUUUGUAAAUUCUACAAUGCCAUGAUAACUUGGGUAGGCGGUUAAGUAAGCACAGUUUACAAUGUACUGAACUGAUGGUAAAACUGCACAAUGGAACUAAUAAUUUUCUUUUGAAAAUACAUUCAGAUAAUAGAUUGCUCAACAGUUUUACCACGGGAAAAAGUAAUAAAAAAAAUUGAUAAUAUUUUUAUAGGCAGGAAUAGGGUGGCCAGGUGCAGCUGUAAAUAGAACAAUGAUGCUUCUUUUUUUUCUUUUUUUUUUUAAAAGAUUUUUGUUUUUUAUUUCUCCUUGCAUCAUUGCAUUAGUAGUGAUCUACUGUAUUUUAUUGUUUCUUUGGGGAAUAUCUUUUCUGUAUGUAUAUACAUAUAUAUACAGUACAUAUAUAUAUAUAUAUAUUCUGUAAAUGUAAUUUGAGCGUGAACUCUGACUUUAAAAAACGCUUGCAGGGUCUUCUUGUCACCCCCUCCCCCAAGCCAUCAUUCUCCUGUGAUGUGUGACUGUGUUUUCCACACAACUUUUGUGGAUUUUGUGUUUCAACCUUGGCUCUUGCUCACUUUGUAGGAGUGAUUUUUUUCUCCUUUUUUAAAUAAUGGGUGUAUUAUUACCAAGACUACAUUUACACACAUCUCUCAGUAUUAUUCACCUCUUGAGUCUUAUUUUUUCAAGUUUUUGUACACUUUUAAAAUGCUGUCGCAAUACUAAUGAAUAUUCAGUAUGACAUCACCCUUUUUCAACCUUUUCCUAACUAAUGUUAUUAAUCCACCAGUGUCUCUUUAGGAAUUUUGAGGACCUAUACAAUAUCUUAAUUUCCAUUUGCACUAAGCUCAGUGAUUCUUUUACAUCCAUUUAUUUGGGACAAUAGUGGUUGAAUGGUGUAGCAAAAUCAUGUGUACCCCCCAGAGUGUUCUCACAGUUUGGAUGCUGAGAUGCUGGCAUUGCACUGCUUGUGCAGGUUAAGUAGGUACCUUCUGUUUUUAAAUGAAGCUAAUAUUUUCAAUUCACUGGAUUUUUAAAGGACUUUUGUGAAGUUAGGCACACAGAGUAGUGCACAAAGUGUCCAUUGGCAUUGGAGCCUUGAUGCACUGGCCAUGACAGUACUGAAACAAGCCUCAUUCCCAACUCAUAUGUGAAAGCUUCUUCUAGAUUUUCCAUAGGUAACUUUAAAGAAUCAUUUUGAAUUGUUGAGAACUCGUGUUGUAAAGGGGCUUGUCAACAUCUAAACAUUUCGUGAAUUUAACAAAGUAGCUUUGGUGUUAAAACCUAAUCAAACAGUAAAAGAAAAACAAAAAAAGUGUUGAGUAUGAAGCGUAACUGGCAAAGCUUCCGAAGAUUCACUGCAUCACCAUCUUUCCUGCCCCUUUUUUUUUCCCUCCAAACUGGACUGUUAACUCCAUUUCCAGUAUUGACAUGAUCAGUACAUUGAGGCACUAAUACCAAAGAUUAAGUCGUGCAUAUUUCUGUAAUGUCAGAGGUUUCUGACAAAGCAGCAGCAUUUGAGAUGCAGUGGGGUGUAUUUAAUUGUUACGAUUACGUUUGCCUACAAAUAACAUCUUACAAGACAUGAAAAAUAAAUAUUUACUACAGGUAUUUUUGUAUUAUUUUUACCAUGGUGGAUUGGUCAUAACACCUAAUAUUUAAUGUGAAUAAUGCCACCAAAAUCAUCAUUGUGGCAUUGUAGCAAAUGUGUCAGUAGCAAUCAAGCAGUGCAGUUCGUUCUGACAAUAUUUAUGAACUGAAGCUCAAUGGUCCAUUAAACUUAGGAUCGAAAUCUCUGACAGACAACUGAAUGGAUGCACAAUUUUAAAAUUAGAUGUAUAACUGUCUGUUGCAUUAUUUUACCUAUUGAAAAAACACAACUUGCAUUAUUUACACAGGAAUGAACCAGACAGCUUUUGUUUUGUGCUGUUUUCUGAUGACACUGUAUAGUUUACUAAUGAUAACUACUGAGAGUUUGUUCCUAAAUUACUUAAAUGUUUGUCAUAGUUUUUGUAUAUUUACACUACAUUUACAGACGAAUAUGGGCCAAUGACACACUUAUGUUGAGACAGCAUAUUGGCAUUUGCAUUUGAUGAUUUUGGUGGCAAUCCUACCAUUUUGCAAUGUUCAGCACUUACAUGUAUAUCUGGGAAUGUGGUCAGUUUGGAAAGUUCCUCAAAUGCCCUUGAAUCUGUUCAUUAAAUUACACUGAAGUUUGGAAGAAAGUAGGUUCCAUCAUUAAAUGAGCAUAAAUUAUAAUUUGUUUGUAUCGAUUCACUAGAAUGAUUGAGAACUUAGUUUUAUAGGCCUGCUUUGUCACAUUUUACCAGUUUUAAAUGUUUCUUUUUACUGGUUAAUUGACACCCUUCCCAAGCUAAUACAUUUAAAUACAUAUUCCCUCUGUUUUGUUACAUGGAUCUGUCAAAAAUAUAUUUUUAAUUCAAUAUGAAUAAAGAUCGGUCAAUAUUUA